AGGUGGCAACAGUCACGACUACGGCAAACUAAAUAUGUCAAUGUCAUGUCAAAUCAACAAUGGCGAAAUGUUCCCCACGAUCCACAAUGUUCGCCAGUUUGAAAAGUAAAAUAAAGGAGGAAACUGGUAGUGAUAUUAGUAAAUUAACAAGCAGUUGGCGUACUGGUGCAUUCUUAGGAAGGAUCACCCUUCGAGAUGAUUCGUCUACAACAAGUCCAAGUAAUUCAGGAGGCCAUGGAGAUACUACUUCUGAUUCAAUAUCCCCUCAACUACAAACAUACCUGACAGAGCGCACAGGAUGUGAAAUAGACGACACUGGCCUGCAGCAGCAGUAUGCGGCUCAGCUUGAAGCCAAGUUGCGGGAGAGGGACGCCUACUGGGAGCAGAAGGUCGAUGAGUUGCAGCAGUCAUUGGCCGCUGUGCAAGGAGAAGAGGCGGCCGCCGCACAGGCCGUGGCCCGCAUCGCGCAGUCGGAGGCGGCUCGGGCGAGCAGCGAGCGAGAUGUAGCACUCCGGCAGCUCAACGAUCUCAAGACGCGGCUGGCAGCUGUCGAGACCGCACAAGACAGACUUGAUACACUUACGGAGGAAAUCGAGCAGUCCCGGCGUCAGUGGUCUCGCGAGCGCGCGGAGCUGACGAGUGCGCUGGGCGAGGCGGACGCGCGCGCCCGCGACCUCGCCGACCAGCUGGAGGUGGUGCGCGCCGCACUGCCGCCGGACAACCCUCACCAUCACAUGCACGAUGAUGACAAGCGAGAGUUAUUGGUAAGCGGAUGCGCGGAGUUUGACCGCGUGUGCCGCGAGCGCGCCGUUCUCUCCCGUCAGCUGCAGGAGGCCAAGAUGGCGCUCGCCGACGUCAAGACCUCCUGGAGUGGACAGAUCGCAUCGCUGGAGACACAGGUGGCGCGCUUGUCUCGGCAAGCGGGGGAGGAGGGGGCGGAGAGACGCAGGGUUGAGACUGAGAAGAAAGAGAUACAGGACAAACUUAACAAAAUGGCCGCCGAACUAGACAAAACUAAACAGAGCUUGGCAAAUAGUGAAGCUAAGGUGACGCGACUGAACGGGGAGGUGCAUUCUCUGGCGAUGGAGAUGAAGAGUCUGCGAGCCGCCGCCGACCGCUCGGACGAGAAGACGAUGGAGUUGGAUCGGCGGUUGGAGAUGUUGACGAACGAAAACAAGAAGCUAAUGGAGGAGCUGGAGGAGGAGAGGGAGAGAGUAAACCAGCUAAAGGACAGCGCAGAGGCGUCCAGCCGGCGCGAAGAACAGCACAGGACUGAGAUCACGCGCCUCCAUACCGUCGUCACUGAGAUGCAGCAAGACUACGUCGACAUGCAAAAGAAAUAUGACAAAGAGAGGCGUGAGAAGGACGAAGCAUUGUUGCGUAACGCGACUAUGUCUCAGUCAGUGGAGAUGAGCCAGUGCGAGGUGCGCUACCUGGAGGACGAGCUCGCGGAGCAGCGCACGAAGAUCGCCGAGCUCGAAGAAGUCAUCGCAGACCAUAAAGAGAAUCAGGCGACUUGUAUGAUAAUAAAGCAGAACGAAGAAAAGAAAGAAGAAGAAAUUGAGGAUUUAAAGAAAAAAAUUAUGAGCUUGAUGACAAGUGAAAGCGAGUUUAAGAAAAUAGUACACAAUUUAGAAACUGAAAUCAUUGAUAAAAAUAAGAAAAUAAAAACAUUAGAGAAUCGGAUAUUGGACAUGAAGAAAACUUUGCAGCGCGAAUUGCAGAGCAGCAAGUCUGACCUCACCUCCGCAGAGGAGCAGGACAUCAGCAGACGUUACUUGAAGCACGUGGUGUUGCGUUUCGUGACGGGUCGCGAGCGCGAGGCGCGUCAGCUGACGCGGGCGCUGGCGGCGCUGCUGCGGCUGUCGGCGCACGAGGAGGCCUCACUGCGCGCCGCCCUGCCCCCGCGCACCUCCGGCCUCGCCGCCUGGCUGCCCGCCAUGCCCGCCAUCUCCUCGCUCUCCUCCCUCACCUCCCUCACCUCCACCACGUGA